AUGCACAUCACAACCACGGCGCUAUGCCAACUGACCCCGGUGUCCGUGUCAUGCUCAGGUGCAACUGGUGGUCAAGUUCUUGGGAAACUUGUAGCUGAUCCGUACCGAAAAUGGAAAAACGCAUUGAAAAACUUUAGGAAGCAUGAAAAACUUGAUUAUCACGUUGCAAGUUUGUCAGCUGCCGCAAAUUUCUUAGAAAUUCAAAAGGGGAAGACAUUUCCAAUUACAGCAAGUCUCAACAACGCUGCUGAACAAGAAUUACAGCGAGGAAAAUUGAUUUUGGAGCCAAUAAUUAAGACUCUUCUACUUUGCGGCAGACAAGGUUUGGCCCUGAGAAGGCACAAGGACAGCGGAAAUCUAUCGCUCGAACAACCCGAAGAAAAUGAUGGAAAUUUUCAUGCCCUUUUGCGCAUGCGCAUUGAAAGCGGAGAUGAAAAUCUGAGAAAUCACAUUGAGACAUCACCACAAAAUGUGGCCUAUUUGAGCCCAGAUAUUCAGAACGAAAUUUUUAAUUUAUUAAGCCUCCAGAUUCAAGGCAGAAUAGUAAACGAAAUUAAUUCUGCAAAAUGUUCCAGCGUAAUCGCAGAUGAGACUACGGACGUGGCCGGAAUCCAGCAGAUGUCGUUAUGUGCUAGAUAUGUGACCUGUUACGAGAAUCGCCAUAUCAUCAAAAAAUACUUCCUCGGUUUUUCACCAGUAGAAUCAGGUACUGGGGAGGCAAUCGCCGUCAAGAUUAAAAGCUAG